AUUGUUUGUUACUACUGCCUGGUCUUUGGUAUCUAAGGCCUGGGCUUGCUGAUUGUUUUGUCCUUGUUUGGUGUUUCCAAGACUACAGACAAUAUGUCGGCCAUUAAGAGCCUGUUCAAGACGGGCGCCGAGGAUGUUACCAAACUGAAUCCUCAGCACGCUGGCAGCGAUGAUGCCGCUUCUGUCCAGAAUGGAACUGAAACUCAGUUCGAACACGCUCGAGAGGCCAAACGCCAGAUCGGCGUCCCCUCAGCCUCCAUGCUCAUCUUCAACCGAAUCAUCGGUACCGGCAUCUUCGCAACUCCAGGCUCCAUCCUCGCCCUGUCCGGCAGCGUGGGCCUCUCCCUCUUCCUCUGGGUCGCCGGCAGCAUCAUCGCCUGGGCCGGCACGGCAGUCUACAUGGAAUUCGGCACCGGCCUCCCCAAGAACGGCGGCGAGAAGAACUACCUGGAAUACGUCUACCGCAAGCCUCGCUUCCUCGUGACGGGCAUGUACACCACCUAUGUCAUUCUCCUGGGCUGGGCGGCUGGUAACUCGGUGGUCUUUGGCGAGUACAUCCUCAACGCCGCCAGGGUCGAGGUUACGGAUUGGAACCAGCGAGGCAUUGCUGUGGCUUGCAUUACAACUGCCUUCUUGAUCCACGGCACUGCUGUCAAGUGGGGACUGCGUCUUCAGAACGUGCUGGGUGUCAUCAAGAUUUGCAUUGUCAUCAUUGUCAUUAUCGCGCCCCUGGCCAAUAUCAAAAAGGUCAAGGAGAUCAACUGCCUCCACAACGCCUUUGAGGGCACUACCGGUAGUGCCUAUGGUGUCGUCACCUCUCUUUACAACGUCAUUUGGAGUUUCAUCGGCUACAGCAACGCAAACUACGCCCUCAGCGAGACCAAGAACCCAACCCGAACCCUCAAGAUUGCCGCGCCCCUGGCCGUCGGCUCCGUCACGAUCCUGUACAUGCUCGCCAACGUUUCUUACUUUGCUGGUGUCUCCAAGGCGGAGAUUCUCGAAGCCAAGCGACUUGUUGCCGCCUCUCUCUUCCGAAACAUGUUUGGCGAGAGGGCCGAGAGAGCGCUCUCCGUCUUCGUCGCCCUGUCUGCCUUUGGCAACGUCUUGAGUGUCAUCUUCUCCCAGGGCCGUCUUGUCCAGGAGCUUGGUCGCGAGGGUGUCUUGCCCUUUUCUCGAUUCUUUGCCAGCAACCGGCCCUUCAACGCUCCCUUGGCCGGUCUGUUUGAGCACUGGGCCAUUACCAUGAUUACUGUUCUUGCACCACCUGCAGGUGAUGCUUACAACUUUGUUCUCAACCUCAUCUCCUACCCUCUUGCCAUCAUUAACGUCUUCGUCGCCGGUGCCCUUAUCCACCUCUACCGCAACCGAGCCAGCUGGAACUGGAACCCUCCCAUCAAGGCCACUUACCCAGUCGUCACCUUCUUCCUUCUCAGCAACAUUUACCUUGUCGUUGCACCUUUCGUGCCUCCUGAAAACGGCCAGAACGUCUACGAGCACCUUCCUUACUGGAUUCACUGCGUUGUUGGAUUUGGUGUGCUCUUUGUCGGCGCUCUUUACUGGCUGCUAUGGGCCAAGGUUAUGCCUUGGAUCGGCAAAUAUGAGCUGGUUGAAGAGACUGCCAUCGACCCCAUUGAUGGAUGGGAGAGGAGCUACUUUACUACGAGAUCGUUGAGAUCGACAUAGGACGAGGCGUGGACAUGAAAGUGUGUUGAUAAUAAGGUUGUGUUUUUCAACAAAGCGUUAGGAUACCCCGAUAUAGAUUGAAGUAAUGUUAAUUGAUCACGUCUAAUUGAAGACUUGUAAAACAAACUGGCAUUUCCGCUUGAACUAGAUAAGUUUAUCUUCUGAAUGUGUAAUAUUAUGUUGUUGAUACAUGCCAAACUCGAAUGAUACAAUUUAUGUGAAAUAAAACAUGCUAAAACUCAAAAUAAUACAAUUUGUGUGAAAUGACGCGUGUUGAACAAACAAUGACAUAUCCAAAGUCCAUACCCAAUAACCUUAUGAUGGCGUGACCGAUAAUACAUUCUGAAAGUACACCUUGUGAUAAUAUCCUGAAAGACCC